UUUGAGUUUCAUCUCUUUAUAUUAGCAUCAUUGCUCCUUCGAAUGCUCCCUUGCUUGUGAUUAUUCUGCUGUAUGUACGUUCACCGAUCACAUUUCAUCAAAGUCUACGCAACGUAGCACAGCCUCUUGCUUCUAAGUUACUACUCCAACUUUGACAUGGGCGGAGGUCAGUCCGUACCCAAGAUAACGAAACAAGACCGUGCCAUCCUCGAUUUGAAACUACAGCGUGACAAAGUAAAGCAAUACCAGAAGAAGAUUCAAGCUGUCCUUGAUCGCGAACAUGAGAUAGCGAAGCAGUAUCUUGUUACAGGCCAGAAGGAUCGUGCCCUCUUCGCUUUGCGUAAGCGGAAGUACCAGGAAACCUUGCUGGCAAAGACCGACUCUCAACUGGAGAACCUUGAACAACUAGUAUCGACUAUCGAAUUCUCGCUGGUCGAAGUCUCUGUCAUACAUGGCCUUCAACAAGGCAGUGAAGUUCUGAAAGAAAUUCACAAGGAGUUGAACAUCGAGAACGUGGAGAAGAUACUGGACGAGACAGCGGAAGCCAGGGAGCUCCAACGAGAAGUCGGCAAUAUGUUGGCCAAUUCGCUUUCAGUAGAAGAUGAGGAAGCAGUUCAGGUUGAACUACGCGUUCUGCAGGGAGAAACGCUCGCCGAGCAGGAGGUGCAUGAGCCCGUGGAACUACCUUCUGUUCCUGAAGGCCUCCCUGUGUCAGCGGAGCCAGAAGAAGAGCAGCCUGCGGAGGAACGGCAGCAACGUAUACCAAUGCCUGCAUGAGUGCACAUGGAUACCCACUCGCGUCGGUAGAGAUACAUAUGGUUGGAGACUAUAUUAUUGUACAAUAUACAUACAAGAUAGAUUCAGGUUAUUACCACGCGUCGAAAUUCCCAAACCCGAUUCGACGUUUCUUCUUGCCCUCUUCAGGUGCUCCCGGACUUGCAACCAGAGCUUCUGCAGGUCUCUUCAAACUACUGGCAGCAACUCCAUUGAGAUAUUUACCAACUCCCCCAGAAGCUCCGUUAGCCCCUGGUGCGUUGGAUCCAAGCUUGACACCGAACCAAUUAAUCUCAUCUUCGGCUUUCUUCUCCGCCGCC